AUGUGCUGCGCCCAUUGGGCAAUCUAUCUGUGGAUGAGAAACGUAGUUUAUAAUUAUAAAUACAUGGAAGAGUACGAGAAAGCUCGCAGCUUGAUGGAAGAGAUACUAGCUAUCCGUACGAGGGUAUUAGGCCCAGAGAACCCAGAGACUAUGGUUUCGAUUAAUGAUUUGGCCUCGGGCCACAGGGAUUUGGGAGAAUAUGAAAAGGCCCGAGAGUUGGAUGAACGAGCUGUAGCAUUGCGCACAAGGGUAUUAGGACAGGAGCACCAAGAUACAUUGGAGUCUAUGAGCCAUUUAGCUUCGGACUACAGGCAUCUAGGCGACUAUGAGAAAUCUCGAGAUUUAGAUGAAAAGAUAUUAGAGAUUUCUAGGAAGGUAUUUGGGCCAGAAGAUUCUUAUACUCUGAGAUCUAUCGCUAAAUUGGCGACUGAUUAUAUUGGGCUAGAGAAAUAUGAGAAGGUUCUCGAGCUGAAUGAAGCAGCAAUGUCACUAUGCGGGAGCAGAUUGGGACUGGAGCAUCCUGAUACUCUAUACUGGAAGAACAAUGUAGCUCAUAACUGCAAGCAAUUGGGACAGUAUGAGAGAGCUCGUAAUCUGACGGAAGAGAUAUUGGCAACUCGCAGGGAGAUGUUGGGCUUGGAGCAUCCAGAAGUUCUAGAAUCCAUGAAUGACCUGGCUUUGAGGUAUAGUGAUUUGGAAGAGCACGAAAAGGCCCGAGAGUUGGACGAACAGACUUUAGAGCUGCGUACGAAGUUAUUGGGAGCCGAACACCCAGAUACACUAGCCUCAAUGAGCGCUCUUAUUUUUGACUAUCAGAAUCUCGGGAAUUACGAGAAAUCUCGAGAAUUAGGUGAACAUCUGCUCCCAUUGAAACAGAGAGUGUUGGGCCUGGAACAUCCAGAGACGCUAAGUUCGAUGAAUACUCUAGCUUCGGACUACAGGGACCUGGAAGGUUAUAAAAAGGCACGAGAUUUAGAUGAACAGAUACUGGAAAUAUCUAGAAGAUUACUAGGACCGGAAACCCUAGAUGUGCUGCGCCCAUUGGGCAAUCUAUCUGUGGACUACACGUUAUUAGGGGACUAUGAGAAAGCUCUCGAGUUGAAUGAAGAGGGAAUGGCAUUAUGCAAACGACUAUUAGGGCCAGAAAAUCUGGACACUUUGCUUUGGAUGUCUAAAGUGAUUGUUUACUAUGGAUCAUUGGGGCAGUAUGAGAAAGCUCGAGACAUGGCAGAAGAGGUGUUAUCAAUCCGAAAGAGAGUGUUGGGACCAUUACAUAUAGAUACUAUAGAUUCCAUGAAGGAUCUAGCAACGUGCUACAGGAACCUAGAGGAACAUGAGAGGUCUCGGGACCUGAACGAAAAUAUUUUGGCGCUACAUAAGACGACUCAGGGGCCAGAGCAUCAGGACACAUUAGUCUCAAUGAUCAAUUUGGCUUUCGACUACAAAAAUCUUGGGGAGCACCAGAAAUCUAGAGUGUUGAAUGAAGAGACUCUACUAUUGAGGAAAAGAGCGUUGGGAUUGGAACAUCCAGAGACCCUAGUUUCGAUGAGUAUCUUAUCAUCAAACUACAGAGAUACAGGAGAGUACGAAAAGGCACGGGACCUGGAUGAAGAGACAUUGGAACUAUCCAAAAGAAUUCUAGGACCGGAAGAUUUGUCUACUCUGGCCUCAAUGCUAGACAUGGCUAUGGAUUAUAUCGGGUUGGAAGAUUAUGACAGAGCCCUACGGUUAAAUGAAGAAGCAACGGCGUCAUACAAGAACAUUUUUGGGGCCGAGCAUCCGGAUACCCUGAUUUCUAUGGAGAAUCUCGCCGAGAUCUACAAGCACUUGGGGCAAUUUGAGAAAGCUCAACAGGCAAACGCAUGGGAGCUCCUUUUAUUCGAGGGCCAAUAUUCUAACGCAAACUCCCCGAAACAGAUACUAGACGAGAAGAAAGAUAUCGAGAAUGGAAAAAUGACUGCCUUCCAACCAAAUUCAGAUUAA